GUGUGUUUACUAGAGGGAAGAAGGGACGUAGCGAGACGGAUAGGGUGAAUGCGAAUGAGGGAGGGCGAGAGAGCGAGCGAGGGAGGGCGAGCUAGAGAAAACUUUUCAGUUCUGAAGAGCAGGGGGAAGCGUGCGCUGGAGCGGCGACCAUGCAGGAGGAGUCUGGAGAGACAGUGUGCAGUGACGGCAACGGGGUGGCAAAGUGGCUGUGUCCUUUGUGUCAACAAGAGCAACCAGACCGGGGCUCCCUUUCUCAGCACUUGACUGACAGACACAGUGUUCUUCCCACCUGUGUGGACAAACUGCUGGACAUAGCUGCCCCCAAACGGAAUGAGAGUGGAGAGGAGGAUCCAGGUUCUCAGAACACCACAGAUACCGAAUCAUCACAUCUGAAGCAUGCCUCAAAUUCCCCCACAGAAUCAUGUCAACCUGAUGAGACUUCUGAACCAGAAAAGUACCCUGAGGUUGAUGCAGAGCUAGAGAGGAUGGGGGAACCGGAAAGGGAUGGCGUUAACCUGGAGUCACAUCUGGAAAAGGAACAAACGGAGGAACUCGCUAAAAUGGAGUCUGCAGACAACAACGACAGAACGGCGGGUAAAAACGGUGUUGUGGCGGAAAGCGUCGACAGUCGACCGUUCAGAUGUAGUGCCUGUUUGGAGGCUUUCCCUACCAAGACUGCAUUGAGUGUCCACUACAACUCCACCUCCCAUAUCCAAAGGAUGAGAACAGGGUCCUCAAAUCAGGGUGGAGAAAAUGACAACCCUUCUCUUCUGCUCCCUUCUCUCUCUCGGCCCUUUAUAUCAACCAAGCCCUACCAGUGUGCUGUGUGUCGCGUCUCUUAUAACCAUGCCAUAACUCUGGAGAGUCAUAUGAAAUCUGUUUUACAUCAGACCCGCAGCAGAAAUGCAGCAAGCAGUGCAGCUGGAAACGCAGGAAGUACCGGCGGCAACAACAACAAAGCUCCUAGCUUGGUCGUUACCUCUGGGGGAGGAGCCUCUCAGAUGGUCCCCGCCAGCAGCAGCAACUGCAUUGCCCCAGGAAACCUGACGGCAGUGGUGACCACAGCCAAAGAUGGAGAUCAGAUUCAGACCGUGUCAGCUUCCUCUCUGCUCUCCUCCCCUGUGGCCUCGUCCCAGGCUAUCUCUGCCUUUCUCACCCUCCUCACGUCCAGCCCCGGCUCCCUCCCGCAUUCCCUCCUCCCCUCCCUGUUUGCGGCUGGCGCGGGUCCUGGCGCGGCCACAACCCAGCUGAUCCCACAGCCCCAGAUGCUGAUGCCCAUGAUCCUGAACGGCCUGGCUCAGAGUCAGGGCCUGGGGUCAGAUGCCCAGCACCUCACCCAGUCCAUGCCCUUACUGGGUCUCAAUGCAGCCCAGCAAGCCCUCCUAGCCCAGAGACUCGGCACCUUACACACCCAGUGGCCCACGCUGGGACUCCCAACGACUCUGCCGACAAGCUCAGACGACCGGAAGGAGGAUGUCAAGAGUGAAGAGGAGACGGCGAAGGAAGAGGGUAAAUGUGUUUCUGAAAGAGGGUCACCAAACGUUAAGGUUGAGGAGGAAGAUAAUUUGACGAUGGAAAGAGCGCAAGUUAAAACAGAGAUGGGGGAGGAAGAGGACAAGAAGUUUGCGCAUCAACUGAAGGAUGGCAAAAAGAACAGAUUUGAGGCCUGUAUAAAAGAGGGAGACAAUGAAAUGGCGGAUAGAGAUAGCACAACAGAUGGGAGAAUCUCUGGUCCAGAUGAAGGUGGAGACAUUGACAAGUGUGGUGGCAAAUUGGCUAAACCAAAUCUAACGCUGUCCCCAAUGUCUACAGACAAAACUUUACUCAACGACAACCGUUCGCCCUCUGUGUCUGUACCCAGCAACUUCAGUUCCAGCCCGGUGAAUUUAAACCUCACGCUCAGCCCAGAUUCCACCCCUCAAAAAUCUCAAGCCGGCACAAGCCCAUGCACUUCGGUCAGCACCCCGAAAUCCAGCCCCUUUCGAUGCACCUUAACUUUCCCAGACCAAACUCGCCACCUGCGCAAUCCAAGAGGUUGGCACGUCUCUCCCGGCCUGCCCACGCUGUCAGAGUUCCAGUCACAGGUCCUCCUGGCGUUCCUGGAGUCGCGUAGCGAGGCCGACGCUGUCAGCCCGCCCCACGAGGACUGUGAAGCUCUGGGGAAAGAGGUCGGCCUCUCAGAGGGGGAGGUGCGGAGGUGGCUUUGCGACGCACGGAACGCCAAAGAAAGGCAAAAAGCCCUGGCGACACAAAACAGACGCAGCACGGCAAGGUACGCCAGGCGCGACCGGGGCACGGUAAACAACGAGAAGGACCGCCUUCUGGCGAUGGUAGAGAGCGAGGCCUCCGGCAGUCAGGCGAUGGAUCUCUCCAGCAGUGGAGGCAGGAGGAAGGAGACUCCAGCGGGUUCCUGUCUGACCUCUGACUCGGACAACGAAGAGGUCUACACCUCGGUCAUCGUGUCGGAUGAGGACAGUCAGAGUGCGUUCAUGAGGGAGCAGCCUGACAGCCCUGUCAGGGAGGAGCUCAGGAGCGAUCCAGCGGGAGACAAGGGCUCGGGCGGAGGGAAGGUCCUGCGCUCCACCACCGUGUUUCUCUCAGAUGCCGAGGACGAGGAUGAUGAUGAGGAGGCCGGAGCGCAGAAAGCCAAGAGGAGGAAGAGGAGGAGGGAGUUGGAACGCGAGGAGGUGGAAAUCAAGAGGGAGAGGCUGGACCCUGAUGUGGAUCUGGAGCUGGAAGCCCAGGCUGACCCUCCCAACCCCCUUCAAGUCGCCAUGGACCAUCCCGGACUUCCCAGCAGCCUCCUGCAGUCCCUGCCUCUGUCCCUCUCCCUCGCUCCGUUCUCCACCCAGUUCCUCAGCCCCUAUGUCCUCUCCCUUCCUUCCUCUGUGGUCGGGGUGGGCGUGGCAGAAGGGGAUGGCGGUAAAGCGCCUGCCUUUCCAAGCCCGCCCAACGUCACAAGAUUCUCCGACCCUCUCCUCACACCGUCCCUCUCGUCGUACCGUCAGUCUUCUCCGUACCUUCCCAACGGCGAAGAGAGCGAGGCUGCCCUGGACCUCAGCAUGGGGAAGAGCCACAGCACAACGCAGGCUUCCUCCUCCUUGUCCUCCAUGGUCGACAAGACCUCAGUACAGAAAGGACGUUUGCUGGAUGGCCUCGGCCUGAGGCCCACAGCCAAAGGGCUGAUAGUGGUCCAGGUAAAACCUGACCCUGCUGGCAACACGUCCACUUCCAACAGUGGGGGGUUUAUCAAUAGCAAUAACAUGUCCAAACCCAGCACUGUUUACAUGAGGGCGGCCGAGAGAAUGAACGCCACCCUCGUGGAGAGAGAGCGGGAAAGGGCUAAGGUGCAGGAGCAGGAGAAAGAGAAGGAGAAGGAUAAGGAGCAGAGGAAGUCCAAAGGAAAGCGAUACAGGGACAUGAGGCGGUCCAGAACCAUCAUCCAGGCGGAGCAGCUGGAUGUGCUGUACGGGUGCUAUUUCAAAGACCCCAAUCCUGGAAAGAACGAGUUUGAGCAGAUAUCAGAGUGGGUCCACCUCCCCAAAAAAGUGGUGCAGAUCUGGUUCCAGAACAUGAGAGCCCGGGAGCGUAAGGGGGAGGUUCGCUUCGUUAGUGACGGAACUCUAGCGGCAGUGGGCAAACCGCUCAUCAAGUUCACCUGGCCCCUUUCAAAACCCAUCUUCUCCACCCUUCCCAAGUCAAACGCCAGUUUCAACAGCAGUGGCUCGACUGCAGCCACGCCUGUUCGGACGCUCCUGAAGCCUGACAAAGAGCCGGCAAAGGAGAAGGUGGCUGUGAAAUCCUCCAAUCCGGUUCCCUUCAAGCCGAAGGAUGCUGCCCUCUCCACGGUCUCGUCCGUGAGCAGCAGUGUGUCUGCAGUGCCAAAGACCAAACUGGAGACGACUAGCAACAUCACCAUGGUCAAAAUUGCACCUAAAAUCACACCUCCAAUUCUUCCUGCAGCUCCUAAGGAGACGCUCCCCGUCCCAACUCGGUCGCCGCAGAAACGCAAGAUGAAGGAGGAAAGCGGGGACGAAGAGAGAACAGACGAGGAGUAUGAUGGAAGUGAGGAGAAGGUUGGUCCUGCAAUCUCCAACCGCAUGGUACCCAAACUGACGUCCACACCAAUCAACAAACCACCCUCUGCUGCUCAAAAGCAGAAUGGGCUGAGCUACUGGUCUCCCAAAGGAGCCUUCAAGAUCAACACGCUCUCAAGGGAACAGUUGGGUCUGUCCGUCUCUAAGCCCCGUACCAUCACUCCUGCUCCUGUGCCCUCCAUGACCACAUCCCCCACCACCACAUCCCACACCACAACCACCUCCUCUUCCACUACCACCACCUCCUCUUCCAUAGGGCGCUCGGGCACAGACGCCACCACCAGCUCCCCCAGUGUCCCCAAACCUACGGAGUCCAGUUUCCUUCACCACUCCACUAGUCGAAGGCCGCGCACACACCUGUCCUGCUUGCAGCUGUCCAUCCUGCAGUCCUGCUACGAAACGUGUGCGCACCCCAACGCGCUGGAGUGCGAGGCCAUCGGCACGGAGCUCGGCCUUCCUCUCAAGGUCGUUCAGAUCUGGUUCCAGAACACACGGGCCAAGGAGAAGCGUUGGCGCCUGCAGCAGGAGAAGCUGUCUCCAUCAUCGGACCCCGCGAAGAAGGUAGACACUAGCUCUGGAAGCUACCUGCAUUACAAUGCUCUGAGGGCCAACCGCCCCAUUCUGCCCAAGCCAGUCCAGCUCAGCGUGGUGGAGCCGUCCAGCCCACCGCCGGCCGGCCAGCCUGCGGCUCGGGAGAGUCUGAGGGGCAGGUGUGAGGCCUGCAGCGUGGCCUUCCAGUCCAGGGCCGCCGCCAGAGCCCACGUCUUCUCCCCCCGACAUCUAGCCACUCUGAGAACCACUAACUUUGGCCAGCCUGCGACGGGUGCUGUUGUCAACAACAAUGGGUCUGCUGCUGGAUCCAGUUCUGUCACUGGUUCUGGUUCUGGUGGAGAGACUGUUGAGUCCUCUCCACCUCAAGCCAGCAGCACCAGCUAAGGUACAGAUCGUUUCUGGUCUGGUACAAGACUCUGGAUCCACUGGGUCCUCUAGACCUAAUUAACACAUUAUUGGGCUCAAAUUAUCAAAAGCUAAUAUUCUUUUGUUUCUGAGGUUUGAAAAAGGCUGUUGCACCCGAUGGCCCUGUUCUCUCUCAUUGGACAUCAGUUGGACAUUUUAUGUAGAGUUUACUUGGAGUAUACUUGCCAUAUGCUCAUUAAACUAUAUUCUCCGGUUGGCUCAGCUUCUCCAGUUUGGUCUAAUCUUGGCCUGUGGUUAUAACUUUCCUGUGGUUAUAACCUUCCUGUGGUUAUAACCUUCCUUGCAUUCUUCUUGUCUUUGGUCAGUGGUCUGGUCCAGUUUUCAGUUAUCGAUUGCACCAUCCACUCAAGACUGUGGAAAUGCAUCAAUAAUACGGCCAUUCGUCUGACUGUGUGAGAUUCUUCAGACUGCUUCUCCAGAGUGAACCGGUGGGCGGAACAUGAACUAUCUUUGGCCCUGGUGCCAAAUAACUCUGUAGGUGAGGUGGUCCACUGGAGAAGGAAAAUGCGUCAGUUCACUUGGGACUUGAAGAUACUUUAUAUAUCUGGUUGUAGUUUUCCCCCCACCACCCACCUGUAUUCACAUUUACCUUUUAUUCACGACAAUCCUCAACACAGGGAAAAUAACAUGGGAGAUGCUGAAAAUGCAGAUUCUUGGCAUACAGCACUUUGGAUUUUAAAUUGUAAUAUUUUUCUUGAAUUCUAAUGCUGUGUGUCUCUUAGCUUAUGAAUAAUGACAUGUGAUGCAUGUUGGAUGUCUUCUCGUAAUUCACUUGAACUCAAUGGGUGGUUUUUCCUUUUCUGUUUUUUUUUUUUGUGCUAAGAGCAGACUUGGUCAGAAAGACCUGCAUAGGGCUCACUAAAUGCCAAACAAAACAUGGAUCAGACCUCACUGCUGUGCAAGGAAAGUCUUAAUCCUGAUAACUGUAGAGCCAUUUCUAUUUGAUGAAUUCUAUGUAAAGAGACGUAAAUACGUGAGUGGAGAAUUUCUUCAUAUUACCCAGUUUCAUCAGUGCGCAAACAAAUGAUUACAAACAAAAAUAUAACUUCAACAGAACUUUCUUAGGUCAGAACAAUGUUGACCAACAGAUCAAGAGAACAGGGUUUCAAUUUAGGGGUUUCAAAUGAGCUUUUUUUAAAAAUAUUUUAAACUUUUUUUUUCCCCUCCCAUUUUUCUUUUUAUCUUGAAAUGUGGUUGGUAUUACUGGUUAUGUGUUUGCUGGUUAAAGAUCAUGAAAGAAAUCCCGAAAAGAGGGUGGAUGUUCAAAAUACGUUUCAGUUGCCAAGGUGACUGGAAACUCGAGUAAGCAAUUGGGAAAAAUGUAAAGUUGUGAAUGAGUAGAGAAGAUGGUGCUGUUUGAAGGACAUGACAAGAAAUACUAAAGAAGUUUUCCUUCAGUUUAAGUUGUAUAUUAUUGUUAUUAAUAAUGUUACUAUUAAUAGUUUUAACAAAAAGAAAUGCAAAACUAAAAAAAGAACUUUUUUUAAAAGAAAUAUAUUAAGAAAAACUGAUAUUCCAAAGUUGUUCUUCCUUUGCUUUUCUGUCAUUUGAUAACCAAAAAGCAAUCUUGAGGUUGACAGAGAGCAGGAGAGAUGUUCUUAAUGCAAACUGUAAAAGGAUAUCCCUGGGCUUUAACACUCGAGCCAGUCCACGAUUUCAACACGAGCUACAGAAUAAUGCAUUUCUUCUAUCACAACACAGGGCACUUGAUGUUCAAAGACUUGGUUAAUAAUUGGUUUUAAAAAUGUCCUUUAUGAUAACUAAUCAUUUCAAUGGUGCCAAGCUGUAGCUUGUGUCUAAACCAAGGACUGGGUGUCAGUGCGGUGCCUGCAGACUGGGUGACACGGUAUUGCACUGUCCAAGCUAGAUAGGUUUUACGGAGAUCUGCUUGUUAUUCUAAUCAUUUUUUCAUUGUCACUUGAUUAUCUCACAAUUGUUAUAGCUGUACUACUCCUGUUAUUAUCAUUACUCUCAUCACUGUUUUGAUUAUUAUUGAUAAUGGUUUUAAUCACAUCUCUUUGCUCAAAAAGAGAUGUUAUUGGUAUGAAUAUUAAAUAAUGAUGGUGGCAGUGUUGUUAUUAAAUGUUAGAAUUUUGAUUAAGCUUUUUUUCUUUUCUUUUUUUUCCCUCUUCACUUGUACCUGCCUUAUGUGUUGGAUCUCCAUUCUGUUUUCCUUUUGGUAUACAGAAAAUAAAUAAAACCAUUUGAAUUGAA